AUGAGUAUGCGUCUGGACAAAAAGGUUCCAUUAGCUAAAGGAGAUUUAAAGAAUGAGCAUUGCCCCAAGAAUAAACAAGAAAAAGAUGAGAUGAGGAACAAGCCAUACACUUCUCAAGUUGGAAGCAUUAUGUACACACAAGUGUGUACAAGGGCAGACCUAGCCUUGUGCAUUAGCAAGAUGGGGAGAUUUCAGUCAAAUCCGGGAAUGCAACAUUGGAUAACUAGAAAGAAGAUUCUAAGGUAUCUACAGACAACAAAGGCUUAUAUGUUGAUUUACAUAUGCAUAAAGAAUUUAGAGCUUGUUGGUUAUGCUUAUGCGAAUCUUGGAAAAGUAGAGGAUGAUUACAUCUCUACUUCAGGUUUUCUUUUCAAGAUGGCAGGAGCAGCUUUUGCUUGGAAGAGUGCUAAACAAUCUAGUGUUUUGAGUUCAACCAUGUUUUCAAAAUACAUAGAUUGUUAUUAA